AUGAUGGCGGUCCCUCUCCCGCUGCUGGUCCUCCCCGUGGCAGCCUGCGCAUUCUUCGUGGGGGUCGGGCUGUGGGUGAUCUGCAGCCACUUCCUCACUAUCGACAUCCCUGCGACCAUCAGCCACCCGGCGAGACUGCGGGUCUUCCAUUGCCUCUUCCAGAUGCUGAUGACAUGGGGGACGAUUUUAGAGAAACUGAGAAUCUGUUCUAUGCCCCAAUUUGUCCGUUUCAUGCAUGACCUGCUGCCGCUAAGGAAGGAUCCGGAUGUCGUGGUCACGGACCUCCGCUACGGGACGAUCGCUGUGAGGCUGUACCAGCCCAAGGCGUCCUCCUGCACCCUCAGGCCUGGCAUCGUGUUCUACCAUGGCGGCGGCGGCAUCAUAGGGAGCUUGAACACCCACCAUGGCAUAUGCUGUCGUUUGUGCAAGAGGAGUGACUCAGUGGUUCUAUCCGUCGGAUACCGCAGGGUGCCCCAUCAUAAGUAUCCAGUGCUGGUAAGAGACUGCAUUGCGGCCACCAUCCACUUCCUGAGGUCCUUGAAGAUGUACAGUGUGGAUCCAGCCCGGGUCGUGGUCUGUGGUGACAGUGCAGGAGGGGCAGCAGCAGCAAUAGUUUGUCAGAAACUUGUGGACAGUCCCUAUCUCCCCAAGAUCCGAGCUCAGAUCCUGAUCUAUGCCGCUCUCCAAUCCCUGGACUUCCAAACCCCCUCCUACCAGCAGAACAAGAAUGUCCCACUGCUCACUCUAAGUUUUGCCUUCCGCUGUUGGUGUGGUUACCUGGACAUCAGCCCCUCCUGGAAAAGCACUGUCAUGAAAGGUGCCCAUUUACCUGCUGAAGUCUGGGAAAAGUAUAGAAAGUGGAUAGGCGUGGAGAACAUCCCGGAGAGGUUUAAGAGAGGCUGUCAGCUGAUGCCCCGUGAGCCCGUGAAUGAGGAUGCCUACCUGGAGACAAACAUCACUCUGGAUUUGAUGAACUCGCCCCUGCUUGCAGAAGAUGAAGUGGUGUCUCGCCUCCCCGAAGCUUGCAUCGUGAGUUGUGAGCACGACAUUCUCCGGGACCAUUCACUGCUCUACAAGAAGAGGCUGGAGGACUUGGGAGUCCCGGUGACUUGGCACCACAUGGAGGAUGGUUUUCACGGAGUGCUUAGCACCAUUGACUUGGGCUGCUUGUACUUCCCCUGCUCUUCGAAGAUUAUGAAUGCUGUGGUCCAUUUUCUAAAGGGGCUGUGACCGUCUUUCCUUCCAGCUGCAGUUACAAGAGUGUGGGUUCUGCCAUCAUCUGGUUCCCCACGGGGCUCUCCGUUGUGGAUGGAGGUGAUGCCGAGUAGGGCUAGGGAGGAUGUCGAGGUUGCUAUCUCCUUCUUGCUCCAGGUUCUAGAAUCAUAGAAUGCAUGUUUCUGAUGUCUAAAGGG